UUUUGCAUAGCACCGAAGAUGGUAAUCAGGAAUCUGCACCCUUGACAGCUGGUCAGAGCAUUGCUCUUACCUCGUUGCCACAGACAUGUUGUCCCUAUAAUCUUAAAGCUCCUUCACAUAGGCAUUUUGUGAAUCAUCCACAGAUGUCAGCCAUGGUACGUGACAAGGAUCAGGGCAUCCUUAGCUAAAUGAUCAACUUACAGGUAGAUGAACUGGAGUCUCCUGGUAAUUACUGCAAGAUCAUGUUAUUCUUUGGGAUCCACCCCUACUUCUCUAAUAAUGUGAUUGUUAAGGAAUAUCUGACCAACAGCCAUGGAUACACCGCAUAUCAUUCCACUCCAGUUAAGUGGCGUCGCAAGUAUAGAUGUGAGGCCCACAGAAGCAGGUACUAUAACAACAGUCUCAAUAUCUUCAGCUGGCUUACAGACCACACUGUGGCAGAUUCUGACUGGAUUGCCGAUAUCAUCUGCAAGGACGUUUGGCUCAACCCCUUGCCCUAUUACUUGGGCUCCAAGUAUUUGGAGAUGGCGUGA